AUGUUGCUGCGGAUGUCAAAGGCAGGCAGGAGCUUGGAAAUCUACUUCGUUAUAGAAUCCGAACUCACACCGAUCCGGUUCGCUGGCACCUUCGCUGCCGGGACGGCGUUUGCCGCCGGCACAACGGGUGGUGCCGCAACGGCAGGCACCACUACCACGCUUGCCUCGAGAGAAGGCCGGCAUUCAUCGCAGAGCGCAGACUCAGCCGCCCACUGCUGCUGCCUGGUCCUCCGUGGCUUUCGUCACAGCGGCGUCCUUCUCAUGUUCAGCUCAAGGUGUUUGCUGCGUUACUGGCACCUGGAAACAACCUCUGACAAGAUCUACGGACCCGGCUUGUCGGUGAAGUGUGAGACGUGCAUGCUGGGAGGUUCGGAGCUGGGAAGCCCGAUCUGA